CUAGACCGGAGUCUUUGCGUGAGACGAAGCGGAAGUCUCCGAGUACCCACAGGCUUGCGCGGUGUGCGCGGCGUCAUGGCCGCCGACAGUGACGACGGUGUGCCUUCAGUUCCAACGACCUCUGAUGGUGGUGUCAACAAAAACACAAAAUCUGCGGAGGAAUUUGUAAUACGAGUUCCUGUGGUGGAUGUACAGAGUGACAACUUCAAAGAGAUAUGGCCAUCACUUUUGCUGGCCUUAAAGACAGCUAGCUUUGUGGCUGUGGAUACGGAGCUGAGUGGGCUGGGGGACAGGAAGAGUUUGCUGAACCAGUGCAUCGAGGAACGUUACAAGGCAGUGUGUCAUGCUGCCAGGACCCGCUCUGUUCUGUCCCUGGGCCUCGCCUGUUUUAAGCAUCAGGCAGAUAAGGGUGAAAAUUCUUACUUGACCCAAGUGUUCAAUCUCACCCUACUAUGCAUGGAGGAGUAUGUUAUAGAGCCAAAGUCUGUGCAGUUCCUGGUACAGCAUGGCUUCAAUUUCAACCGGCAGUAUGCUCAGGGAAUCCCCUACCAUAAGGGCAAUGACAAGGGCGAUGAAAGCCAGAGCCAGUCAGUACGAACGUUGUUCCUUGAACUGAUUCGGGCCCGUCGGCCCUUGGUGCUACAUAAUGGCCUUAUAGACCUGGUGUUCCUGUACCAGAACUUCUACGCACACUUGCCUGAGAACUUGGGAACCUUCACUGCUGACCUGUGUGAGAUGUUCCCAGCAGGCAUUUAUGACACCAAAUAUGCUGCAGAGUUUCAUGCCCGCUUUGUAGCUUCCUACUUAGAAUAUGCUUUCCGGAAAUGUGAGCGGGAAAAUGGGAAGCGGCGGGCAGCUGGCACCCCACAUCUUGUCCUGGAGUUCUGCAGCUAUCCAUCUAGCAUGAGAGGCCAUAUUGACUACCGAUGCUGUCUGUCCCCUGUAACCUACCGUCGUUCUCACACCACCAGCAUCUGCGACAAGUUCUCGGCCUAUGGCUGGUGCCCUCUAGGACCUCAGUGUCCUCAGUCACACGAUAUUGAUCUUAUCAUUGACACUGAUGAGGCUGUAGCAGAGGACAAGCGGCGUCGGCGGCGACGUAAGGACAAACGGAGGAGGGCUUUGCUGAGCCAGCUAGGAACACAGAACUUUGAGGAAGCUGAUGAUGGUCCCCCCACAAAGCAGGUCUGUGAAGAUAACCUCAAGACACAAGAACUUGAACAAAGAGUAACAGAGAGGGAAACUAGGGAUGAGCUUGACUCCAAGCAAGGUCACAAAAGUGACUUAGAAAUGGAGCAUAAGGCAACAGGUUCUGAAACAGCUGAUGUGGCUAUCUCAGAACUGCCUGUGAGUCAAGCCAGUCCUAAUCCUAUGCCUGGGGAUGGAUUACAUCGUGCUGGUUUUGAUGCCUUUAUGACAGGUUAUGUGAUGGCCUAUGUGGGACUGAGCCAGGGACCUCAACUCUGCAGUUCUGGACCCUGGCUUCCUGAAUGUCACAACAAGGUGUAUCUAAGUGGCAAAACUGUACCCCUCACAGUGGCCAAGAGCCAGUUUUCUCAUUCUUCUAAAGCCCACAACCAGAAAAUGAAGCUGGCUUGGAGCAGCAGCUGACUCAGUAUCUGCCUGGCCAUAGGCCUAGGAGAGAGAUGUUUGGCAGUGUGGGUGUGUCUGUCAUCCCAGUACCUGAAGGCUGAGGCAGGAGGACUGCUACAAUUUCAUGGCCUACAUAGUGAAUUCCAAGUCAGCCAGAGCUAUAUAGCAAAACCCUAUCUCAAAAAAAGGAAGUCAUUUGAGUUGUUAGCCUGUAUGUGUCACCUUUAAGUACUACAGAGUUGUUGAGCAGGUACUGGCAGAGACAGUGAGCACUUCACUAUUUUCUCUUAUACAGAGGCCUGACCCAAGGGUAAAAAUAAGGCUAACUAGUACUCGCAACAUCAACUUUAUUUUUUAAUCUGAAAGUGUCUUGGGAAAAGUUUUACGAAAGAAAAAAAAAAAUCAACAGAAAUGAUGAAAAUAUUUGACCAACUUCA